GGAGGAGGAAGAAACUACAAAAAGCCUCCGUCGCCUCGGAGAGUGUCACACCGAUCACAGAAGUUCGAGCCGAUGCUCCAUCCUGACGAGCAGCUUCUCAGAACAUCUAACAUCACCUGCUUUGGACCUCCUCAUCGGUCGCAACCUUUGCUUCAAAGGUGAAGGGGGGGGAACAAAAAGAGCGAGAGAGCACCUUGAAAGGUUCCACAGCUGAUUGAUGAACUCCUGAGCACUGAAGGGAAAUAAAAGAAUUUGGAGUGAGGAAAAUGACAUUUUGCAUCGUUCAUCAAAUCCACCUUGUGAUGUUAAUGUCUGCUGCCAUGGUCGCCGUCGUGGGUUCGUCCCACAGCUUGGCCAGUGAGAGGAGUUCAAUAGAGAGCACGUACGAGCUCACCAAAUUUCUGGAAUACCAGCUCAAGGAAAUCAAAGACGUCUACUUGACGUACCUCGGCCCCCCGUUCAACGAUAAAGACUUUUCACCGCCAAGGCCCAAUAGCACGGCUCUCUCCCUGCCCAGCGCCGCCACCCGUCUGGAGCUGUGGCACGGCCUGGAGAACCAGGCCCGCCUGGCUCAGAACCAGAGGGCCUACUCAGUCCUGUUGGCGGCUGUUAGAGAUCUGGCCCGCUCCACAGUCUGCCCCUCCCUCAAGACCUCUCUGCUGCAUUUCUGCACGGGCCUGGAUGGCCUUUUGGGCUCCAUAUCGGCGCUGAUGACCAGUCUGGGCUAUGCCCUUCCUGAAAGGAAAUCUGGUGAGCUUCAAUGGGGGUUGGAGGGAGAUAGCCCAAUGCCUCUGAUCAGCAGCAACUCGUACAGGUCCAGAACCAGGACGAGGACAGGGAGACGGGGGCGAGGGGAGAGGGAGGGCGGCCUCAGCGUGGAUGUUAAGCGAGGGAAAGCGAGGAGGCGACCGGAGGCGCCUGCCGACAGAGGAAGGAGCGGCGGGUUGAGGGAAAAGGUGAAAAGAGAGAAGAGAAGAGGGAGGCGGGAAGAAACGGAGGCCUGGAAGUGGGCCUGGGAAGAAGAGGAGCGAGUGGUAGGUACGAGGAGAUGGGGGAGGAGCUUGUUGAGCGUCGGUGAGGAUCCAGAGGCGGAAGAGAGGCAGCCUGAUUCCACCAUCGUUGCUCAGGCAGGUGAGGGUUACAGCUACAACCUUGACUUUCAUUACACGGACACGCUCAGGAAGGAGGACGGCGUCAUCGUGGAUGGAAGGAAAAGCUUCUUUAUGGACUUCUCCUCGCCCCAUCAUCAACGUCGUUCUCCUCGCUCCCUCCUUCCCCCUACGCUGCACCCGUCUCCAUCCACCCUCUCUCUUCUCUACCAGCUCAGGCCAGGCGAGGAGCACGGGCUCGUCCCCACAUCCCCGACACUGUCCUUACACGGAGGCCCCUCGCUUCUCUCCUCCGCCUCGUCAUCGUCCUCUGUGCUCCUCUCCGUACGGCCAGCCAUGAGCGACUUUGCCAGGAAGGUGGAAGGCUUUUGGAUACUGCGUGAGUUGCAGAGCUGGUUGUGGCGUUCAGCAAAGGACUUUAACCGCCUCAAGAGGAGACUGAGAGGUUGAGAAGAUGCGACACAAAACAAUAAACACACACAAUGGGCAGUGUGAACAUUGACAGUAUUUGCACUAGGGAUGAGCAUUGACUCCAUUUCUUUGAUUGACAAUGGGGGAAAUCAGCAAUCAGUGAAUCAAAUACUUAUUUAAAAA